GAACCAGUUGCAGAAGGUGAAGGAGCUAGCAUCUACGUUCAUCACUGGCGACGAGGCUGCCAGCGAGCAUGAAGCGAUUGUGCAAGGGUUCCCCUCUUUGGUCCUCCAGCACAUUGAUGCGCCAAUGCUGCUCCUGGCUUUUAUGAACAACCAGGAAGACGUGCCCAAAGUCCUUGCGCCCUUUACUGCUGUGAAUGCAGCCGCGCAACAAAAGGCCAUGGGAGAUGAAGCUGCUGAGACCGAGGCAAUCAAAACCAUGCAGUCGCAGGUGAGCUUUGUGCGAUCCCUUGUGGAGAAGUUCUUGGUGCCGGCUUUCUCGACCGUUUGCGCAGGGAUCUCUGACCCUGUGCAAUCUCUUUCGGAGACAGGUCAAAUUCUCCCCAAUGUGCGGAAGAUCCUGUGUGCAAUGGAGGCAAGCUAUCGCAAGAAACUCCCUGAAGACAUCGUUGGAGCCCUCUCCAACUUUUGGCGAGAGAUUGCAACCGCGAAUGGUAGCUUGCUGGAUGUGGAGAAGAAGUUGACUGUUGAGACCUUUGUCAAUGCAACUACCAACCUCAUGAAGCUUCAGCGAGUCAAAGGGUUGGUCACUUUGCAGCAGCACUUUGCAUCUUUUUCCGAAGAAGAUCUCAAGGAUGCCAACCUGAAGUGCUUUGCAGAUCUGUUCACCGCAGCGGAGAAACGUGUGACAGAUGAUGAGCUUUUCGCAAAGCCAGAUUCUUGGUGCGCUUCCUUGGUGGCCAGCGGUUUGCGUGAUGAGUUGACAUCUUUGGCAGGAACUGUCCGUUCUGGUUUGGGACUCCAGGUCCAGAAAAAGAUUCGAAUCUGUGAUCACAUCGCUGAGGCUGCCAACAGCCCCGAAUCAGACAUGUUCAAAGGCACUGCUUGGGGUGACAAGGACGUGAUCAAGCGAGGAAUCCUUGCUUUGUUGGACUUGGCAUCGGAGGAUGCUCGCCAAGUAGCACCGCAGGAGGUUGCUUCCGUAGCCGCCAAAAUCAAAGGUGGCCUUGUCAGCACCAUUGACAGUUUGCGAGAUGCCAUGGUGAGCCAGAAAGCCAACCUGAAGGAUAUUUGGGAGCAAUUUCACGCUGUAAAGAAAGCGGUUGCAGACAAGAACGCCUUCGAUGAGUCGGUGCAAGCCAUGGUCAAGGAGAUUGAGCAGCCGGCGGCUGGCUCGGAAGGGCAAAACGAUGUGGGCAAAGCGCACGAAGGCUUGGCUGCCAGUGUGAUGGGUUUGCUGCAGCUGGAGGCCAAGGCUUCCCAGAUCCUCUGCUGGAAAGCUGACCUGGCAAACGAGGAGGUUGGCCUGAAAAGUGAUUUGGCUGCUUUGGAGCAGUCUUCCCAAGAAGGGCCCACAUCUACGGACUUGGGCGUGUGCAUCCAGGUCGUUUGCAGCGCGGAGAUCUUCUUUCGCAAGGAUACUGAGACCAAGCUGCUCCAAGCCUACAAGAACCUCCAAAACUAUGUUUCGACUAAGUUGAAACUUGCCAAGAAGGAUUAUAUGCCGGAGGUGGUGAAGCUGGUUGAGAAGCACGAGAAGGAGCAA